UGUUGAAAAUGGAUGAGACUGGAAUUUUGCAACUCAAUGACUAUUGCCUCGAUUUAAUAUUGCAGCUUAUGGAUACAAGGGGAAGAAUCAAUUUCGCCUAUACCUGCUCGAGAUUCCGAGACGUUUUUCUUAUCUGGUCACGUCGUGGAUAUUCAAAAUUUUCUGUUAUUGGUUUCGUUGAGCCCUGGGAGCUGAAAUUACUAAGUCUUGUUGCAAAAAGUGUAAGAACAUUGCAUUUAUUUGUUGAUGAUUUGGUUUGCUUUUUUAAUGACAAUUGUUCAAGUAAAAAACGUCUUAUUGCUACUUCCAACUUCUGCAACUUGAUCAAAACAAUGGAAAAUCUAGAGUAUGUGAAGAUAAUGCAGAUACAUCCUCACCAGCUCACUAGACUUUUUUUAAAGGCGCUCCAGGACUUACCCAAUUUAAGGCAGUUGCAUGUAUCCACUCCAAGGCGAGAGAGUUUUCGAAAAUUUCACCGGUUGGAGUUUAUCUCCAUAGAUGUGAAAAUUUCUUCCAAAGACUUACUGCAAUCUUGCCGAUCUCUAAAUAGAUUGAGAACUCUUCAUCUCUCCGAACAAGUGAGCAGUUCUAAUCUCAGGGGUAUUUUAAAGCUUCUUCCACACUUACAAGAACUGAGCUUUUGGAUAGAUCGAUCCCACAAGUUGGAACUGCUUACCUGCCAUCGAGAUCAAAGGCGGUCUCUGACAAGGAUUUUUGAUUACCUGGGCAGAGAAAGAAAUUUAAAAACCCUCAGAGUUAGAGGAGAAAUCGUUGCUGUAGGUGAAGCCGAAUACCUGGCCAAUAUAAAAUCACUAAAAUCCCUGGAGUGCAGCUUCACAGAUCCCGAUUUGGUGUCACAUCUCUUGGCGCUCACAUCCUUGGAAAGCCUGAGAAUAAGGUACCUGCAUCCCAUAGACAUAUCUUCGACUUAUUUGGAUAUAAUUCGAAAAUGCAAGGAUCUGCGCUGUCUAGACAUCUACGACCAAAACAUUAAUUCUGACUUCGUCUUGAGAGCCUCCAAAGUACUGGAAGAUAUCCAGUCGAAGAAUACGUUACGUCUUUUAACCCACGGCCGUCAUUACUCAGAAAGGAUGAGGGAUUUAUCCUCGAUGAACUUGGGGAGGAAUAAUCAGUUUUUUGUGUAUUCGUAAGCCACGUAGAGUAUUAACAA